AUCUGUCUGUUCUUCCUCUAGAGAGUGGCAUACCAGUCCAGGUAGUGGCAGCCAUCGAUAUAAACACUGUUGCGAAUCAAAUCUACAGGCACAAUUUCCCUGACACGCCCCUCUGGAACAAGACCAUUGAGGGCAUAACACUAGAUGACUUCAAUGCAUUAUCUUUUGACAUGAUUCGUGAUGAGCCCUCCUUGUCACCUUUCACCAGACUAGGACUUCAGGGUGAUCUCGCUGAUCCCAGGACCAAGAGCUUUCUCUACAUCCUUGAUCUUCUGCCAAGAGAACAUUUGGUGAAAACACUGAUGGAAUGUGGAUACACUUUCCAGGAGAUCAUGAUCUCACCCACAAGUGUUGGGAUUCCAAAUUCAAGGCUGCGUUAUUUCCUGAUUGCUAAGAUUUCAAUGGAGAAGAUUUCAGGUACCCUUCCACACCCUGCUGAGAGUGGUUCCCCUGAGCAGCUCACAGUCUUCAGUCAUUCCCAUUCAGGCACCUGCCAGCCAGGAGACAAAUUGCAGGCGGGUCAUGUCCUGUAUAAACUAGAGACAACAAUGGAUGCCCAGAGGAAGAUGAAUCAGAACAAUGAUCUAACUGUCAGGCAGAUUCAAGAGUUCUUGGAACCACAGACGGAUGUAAAUAUGGAACUUUAUCUCCUUCCUCCUAAAACACUGCUGCGAUAUGCUCUGAUCUUGGACAUUGUUAAGCCCACAUGCAGGAGGUCUGUCUGCUUUACCAAAGGCUAUGGGCGGUAUGUGGAGGGAACUGGUUCUGUACUCCAGUGCUGCAUGGAAACAGAGAUGGAGAUUGUGUUUAAAGGUCUGGACCAGUACUCUGAAGAGGAGAAGCUCCAGCGGCUGUUGAAACUGAAACUCCGUUAUUUUACUCCCAGAGAAGUUGCCAACCUCAUGGGUUUCCCUCAAAGCUUCUGUAAGUCAAUACCCUUUCUCUUCUAGGCUUCUUUUUUCAUCUUUUCCAACUAUGCAUCUUUCCAAGUACCUGCAGCAACUCAUGCAUGAGGGGGCUGCAGAACGUCCUAAGGCUGAGCAUUUUUAUCGAUCCUGCGACAUAUAUAUCAACAUUUUGUUUCCCCAGAAAGUAUAGAUUUUUCAGCCGGAAGUAUCGAUUAGUUUCGAUCGAGUACAGGCGGCUGUGGCUUGGAGGUAGAGCGGGUUGUCCACUAAUCAGAAGUUCGGCAGUUCGAUC